GUCACGUGACCCAAACGCGGAAAUGGAAUGGCGAGGGCUGGGAGGAGAAAAGCUGAGUUGAUGCGGAAGGAAACAUACAAGCAACGCGCUGCCGACGACGCCAAAGCCAAAGCCAAAGGAGGAAUGUGUAAACCCCCACUUUGAGCUUCUCCAAUCACCGGCUGCCAAGGUGAGACGCCGUUGUGGGUGACGGCCAGGCUGCGAGACGGCGUCCGCUGUGCUCUCGGGAUCAUGGCCGCCGCAAAGGAAAAGAGCUCCGCCGAGGCGGGAGGCGUUCGCUUCUCCGGGAGACCCCCGGCGGCCGGCGGCCCGUCGCGCGUCCGCUUCGAUGACGAGCUGCACGACUCGGUUAUCGUGGUCGCCGCGGAGGAUGACGGCGGCUUCCUGGUGAAGGUGGGCUUUCUGAAGGCGCAGCACCGCUACGAAAUUGCCUUCACCCUGCCCGAGGUCCCGGCUCUCGGAAAGGACGCGUGUCUGGCACCGAUGCCGAGCCCCCACCUACGGGUCGUCGAUGUCUCGCCCGCUCCUGAAGGAGGUCUGAAGGUGACGUGCGAGUAUAUGGCUCAGCACGAGGGGGUGCUGUGUGAGCGGCUGCAGCUGCUGAGCGAGGCCGACGACGACGUGUGCGUCGUGGUCAAAGUCCACGCCAGAGUCAUGGAGCGCCAUCGCGGCACACCCAUGCUGCCGGAGGGCGUCCGCUGCAUCGGCGUGGAGCUGGACUGCGACUCGGAGCGGAGCGACUGGCGGGGCUUCGACUGAAGCCGCCCGCGGACGGACGGACGGACGGACGGACGACGACUGGGACCGGCUGCGUUUGGCCACACGGGAGCGGCGGCGCGCUCGGGAGGGUUGCGGUUUCCUCUCGGCUCGGAACGGGAGCCAAUCGGCGGCAAAGGGAACUCUGGAGCGGGAUGCUCCGCCGCCUGUCGUUUUCUGUGGCUCGUUAUCGUAUCACGUGAUCGGUAAUGGCAGAGGCCCGGCCCGCUCAAUGUCCUUGUGAAAAGUGAGUAUUGGAAAUAUUGCCGCUUGUUAGCCAUCAAAAGGUCAUCGUUGUUUGUAAGGAGAGAACAAAAACUUUUGCCAAAAUGUCUUUACCGUUCGCUAUCACCAAUAAAGUCGAUUUGCAACACGCCUUCUGGAAAUGCUAAUUCCAUUUUGGAUACAUGCUGAGCACGCCUGCCUCACCGUCGUGAGGUUGCGGGUUCAAGUCCCGGCCCCGCCUGCGUGGCUUUUCUCCGGGGACGCCGGUUUCCUCCCACCUCCCAGAAACACGCGUGCUAGGUCGAUCGAUGACUCUAAAUUGCCCUGCGAGUGGCUGGCGACCAGUUCGGGGUGUCCCCGAAGUCAGUCGGGCGACCCGAGUGACGAUCGGCGGCACGGAAAAUGAA